AUGUCACAAUAUGCAGUGUAUAUCAACACUGAUCAAGGAUUUGAAGGAUAUAAUUCUGGUGGCAGACCUGAUGAAACAAUUAGUUGUGGGAAGAUGAUAAUGUGUUUGAAUAUUGUCAUUAGUCACCUUUUAUUAUAUAUCAAUUGGUGUUGUUUAUAA